AUGGAGUUCGUCAAGAAUCCUAGCAGGAAUGGCAUUGACAAGCCUCUGGUGGCGUGUUGUGGUGGCGAUGGCCCCUACGGCACUGGCCAUCUGUGCGACCAGAACGCGAAGGUUUGCCCCGACCCGUCGAGGUUCGCCAACUGGGACCAAAUCCACAUGACAGAGAAGGCAUACAAUGUCAUCGCCAAUGGGGUGGUCAAUGGCCCGUACGCCGACAUCCCGUUGCUCCAGGCUUGCUAG